CUAAGUGGGGAGGAAAAGGCCGAUCCGCGAUGGCUCUGCACGUAUUGUAAAGUAGUUCAUGUCUCCAAGCGUUUGCUCGCAGUUGUAGCUAUGGCGUGUUUAAGUUCGAGUAGGCUUUGUGCUCGUGUUCAGGAUAAGUUUAUGUGUCAAUUCGGACCUAAAGUUCGAAGACAGACUGUAUUUGUGAAACUUAAACCUCCCGGACCAUCUCCAUUGCGGAUAUUUGGAAAGACUUGUCAGCGAGUAACGACAUGCGGCCCAGCCUGCGGGUCAGCCGGCUCGGGGGCCGUGGCCGGCGCAGCGCGGCGGCUGGCCUCCAGUCUACAGAGCACGAGCACCGGUUCACUUCCCGACUACGGCACACAGAUCGUCGAUCCUUAUCGUCUAUUAGAAGACGACCUAAACGGCAUAUACGAGGAUAUACGAUCAGAAUUGGAACGCAACACAAACCAGCCAGAAUUAAACACCAUAGCUACAUACUACUUCGACGGACAAGGCAAGGCGCUAAGGCCCAUGGUGGCGAUAUUAAUGGCGAGAGCGGUCAACUACCACGUAUAUGGAGAAAAUAGUGCACUGCUGCCAUCGCAGAGGCAAGUGGCCAUGAUCAGCGAGAUGAUCCACUCGGCGUCGCUGAUCCACGACGACGUCAUCGACCAGAGCGACUUCCGACGCGGAAAGCCCUCAGUCAACGUGCUCUGGAACCACAAGAAGGUGGCGAUGGCCGGCGACUUCAUCCUCGCCGUGGCGUCGAUGAUGAUAGCUCGCUUGCGCAGCGACGAGGUCACACUUGUACUCAGCCAGGUGGUCACAGAUUUGGUCCAAGGCGAGUUCAUGCAGCUAGGCAGCAAAGAGACAGAGAACGAGCGGUUUGCGCACUACCUCACCAAAACAUACAGAAAGACAGCCUCGCUAAUCGCAAACUCAGUCAAAGCGGUGGCGCUGCUGAGCGGCGCGGACGAGCGCGCGUGCGAGCUGGCGUUCCAGUACGGGCGCAACCUGGGCCUGUCGUUCCAGCUGGUGGACGACCUGCUGGACUUCGUGUCGUCCGCGCAGGCUAUGGGCAAGCCCACCGCCGCCGACCUGCGCCUGGGGCUGGCCACCGCGCCCGUGCUCUUUGCGUGCGAAAAGUACCCCGAGCUGAACCCGAUGAUAAUGAGGCGGUUCCAAGAGGCGGGCGACGUGGAGAAGGCCUUCGAGCUCGUGCACAAGUCACGCGGCCUGGAGCAGACGCGAUUCCUGGCGCGCAAGCACGGCGUGGAGGCGGCGCGCCUGGCCGCCGAGCUCGCCGACUCGCCCUACCAGAAGGGGCUCGUCGUCACCACCGACCUCGUGCUCAACAGGAUCAAGUAGCCCCGCCCGCCUCACGCGGAGGUAAGGACUUAGUGCGCGAUUUGCACGGACGUUUCUCCCUCAGUUUGGCAUCAGUUCAGUGAUCGGUCCACGAUGUUCUAUUGGGCAAUCGACGCUGUUUAAUCCUGACUUUCAUUCUGCGAUAACAUCUUAGCACUAAACUUUGACAGCUACAGCGCCUCUAAUUGGUUGACGCUCUCUCACCAUUGACUAGAAUACAUAUUUGCUGUAAGAAUGCUAUAAAUUCAGCCAAUUACCAUUACGAUCAUCGCAACGAGACAAUCACAACUUCGCGACCUGGGGUCUAGCUCUUGAUAGACUGAUUAUUUUUAUCAAUUCUUGUAACUGACCGCCAUUUUUGAAGCGACAAUAUCUACAUAGAUAUUGUCGCUACGCGAAUUUAUUUCCACUUUUUUAAAUGCAUACGUAUGAGAUUUGCCUAUUUGGAGUUUUAUAAUAGCUUUACUGAUUAUUAUCUGAACAGAUUUAAGAUUAUUUCAUCUUUGUACAUCUCACCAGCGUUGAUAGAAUCUUCAAGUGUCGAAAUACAAUAAUUUUACAGAAAAAAAUUACCUAAACGUCCUGGAUUCAAAGUAAAUUCAGUGCCACCGAUUUUAAUUUCGCCAAGUCUCCGCUUAGAGCGCUGAUUGUAAAUGUAUACUUGAACUUGAGCUUUAAAACACGGUAAAUAAAGUAGAUUUUGCUUUAACGCUAAACUAAAAUCUCACACUAAGCACACAGAAUGAAGUCCUUAGUUUCAUCGUGAUGAACAACGCGAUCUGAAGUGAUGCCCAACUGAACGUGUAACGUCCGUUUUAGGAGAAAGUCAAAGUUUUAAAUACGAUUCGCAGUUGAGAGACGUUACAUCUGAAAUAAUCUUUAUGGACUAUGUGGUGCUAAUUCGGUUGUACAUGAAUAAAUUUAAAAUGUGACAAAAUUAAAUUGAUCUUUUCCUAAUCGAAAAAGUUGGCGAGCAGUAAGUAUACAUUAAUGAAAUAACAGUGAGGAGUUUUUUGGGUUCAAUUUAGUUAAAGUUUGCGUAUACAACCGAAUUAGCAACGUUGUAGAUUAAGCGUCUGAACUAAUUUUAUUGUUAUCUCUAGUAAAGACAUUUGUCUUUUUCAUAAGAUGAUAAACUAAGUUGCGUACAUCACACAUCCACGGUAAAAUGUUAUACGUUUGAAAACAAAUCAGGAUUCGUUAAUAUGGUUACAGGCUGGUGUAAGUCCUGGUAUUCCAGUAAAGUAGGGUAAAAGACGUGGAAGUUAUAUAGCAUGCAACAAAAAAAUAUUUAUUGGCUUUUAUGUGGAUUCGGACGCUAUAUAGUCCAAAUAAUGUUUGUUGAAAACUUUGAGAAUUAAGUGAAGAAACUUUUAUUAAAUGUUAUAGUUAGGCCGUUGUCGUACUAUAAUCUCGAUACAAAACUGUACAGUACUUAAAUCACUAUCGAAAGGCAUCCACAGUUCUAAGGACUACUUAUUUUCCAAUGGGACUUUUUGGGAGGUCUUAAACUCUUAACGAACAACUUCAAGGUACUUUCAAGGUCCUAUAUAACGAAGCUGGUAUAUGAACUUCCAAGUACUUUAGAAGUGUAUACACCUAUCACACGCAUAGCCUUUUAAGGUUCAAACGACGAAGUACAGAAUUAUGGAUACCUUUUUGAAGGUAAAGUGAAACUGAAAAUUAUAUUAAAUUUUGAUUUAUGUGAGUGUUUGAAAUAGCUAGAGACUAUCCUGUGUGUGUCUAUAGAAUAUUGUGUAAUUUGUGUGUGCAUGUAUGUGUGUGUGUGAGAGAGUGAAAUGGAAUAUAAGAAGAGGUUUGAAUGUAAAUAUUUCACGUCAAGUGCAAACAUCAAUAUUGUUCGAUAUCGGGCAACUGUAAGCGCACUUGACGCUAAAUCCAUCAUGAAAUAAAUGUUUUAUUUAUUUAACGUAUAAUUUUCUUAUAAUUUUGUGACGUACUAUUUCUUACUUUUUUAUGUGACCUGAUUUAUUUUAAGUUUUCUUUGAAUUCCAUGUUCAACGUUAACUAUCUUUAAGAACAGUACGGAAAAGCCACUAUAUAGUAGAUUAAGCGUGUAUGUGACCAUUCGUUACCAAAUACCGCUGUACAUAAGUAUGUACAUCAUGUGCUCAAAUAUUAAAUAAAUUACAGGUCUACUUGAGCAUAGUAGGCGAAAAUUGUAUAUACGAUUAUGUUAGUUUUAUAUCUUCGUACUAUUCUGUCUGCAAUGUUGUCCAAUUAUUCUUAAUUGAUGUGUGACAGCACAGUAAUUAUUUCUAUGAUCCAUUGCGAAAUUUGUAACGCGGUUUCCAUUCAAUAUUUGGCUGCAAAUCGUCAAAUGCUGUACUUUUUUCUUUGUAAAUACUUCGAGUCAUUGGUUAAGUUACCCGUGUUAAAAUCUUCAAAACCAAUUACCUCAAUUUCUUUACGGCCAAUCAUUCGAUCUAUCUGUAAAUUGUAACUUGUCGGUGUGUAACUCAGCAACGCUGUAUUUUGUGAAAAAAUUCCAUAUAAUUUUUAACUAAUAACAACGUUGCUAAGUAACUUAUUGACAGAUUACAGAUAGAUUGAUUAUUUCGGCCGUAAGUAGACACGUGCGUAUUAGGGGUGUAUCUGCAUACUCGUGUGGACUUACGUAGUAUUAAAUCGUUAGUUCUGUACGAACACGCACAACGUUAUUCAGACGAAAUUGUAAACGAAGUCUUUAGUAUCAAAAUUAAAUUAAAGCAGUUAAAUAAUAAGCUAUUACUUGUAAAUAAUAGAGAUAUAUUAGGUAUUCAGAAUUACUUAAAAAAAAAGUAUGAUCAAGGUAUAAAAAUAAUUUUGUGUAAUAUGUAAUAUUAGUUAAAGAAGAGGCACUUAUUGGAUCAGCAGAUAACUUUGAAAAUAUGAUUCUUUCUGAUAUUGAGUAUGUAUUAGAUGACUCGAUUGGCGGCACUGUAUGCCAAGCAUUAAAGUUGUUUGCUGAUAGUAAUGAAGCAUUAAAGAGCCAGACGCAAUGAUUAAAGAUUCAAGAGUUCUUUAUGAAAUAAAUAUUUUUAAUAGAUAAAAUAAGUGAACAGCUAAAGCAGGUAGGUAAUUCUCUGUAUUAAAAGUUUAUCAAGUAGUAGUUUUGUUUACAAGAGAAGUUUUCUUAGCGUGCAACCCAGCGCUAUCAAUACAUGGGUAGUUUGGUUCCCAUUUAAAUAUUAUCCAGUCACGUUCUAGAAAUAAAUUAUAUCUUUGAUUUGCGAGAUUUCCAUAAAAAUGUGUAGUUUCAAAGCAACAUGAGUUUAAAGAUUUGUAUGUAGAUCUUUGAGCCCUUGAAACUUUAAAACUAAGAAGUAAGUACAUAAUAUUUUUACAGAAAUCUGGAAAACCACAGACACAGAUAUUAAUAAAUAAUUUGUAGAACGUGUCUAUGAAAUGAUCAUCGAGUUUGAUUGGUUAGUAUUCAAUUGAAAAUCAAACGUCGUUACUCGUUUGUUUGCAGCGCGCUACGAAUGAGCUCCUUUAAUAAGUUGGAAUAUAACAUUUUGUAUUUUUAGUCAUUGUGUCCACGAGCCUCAGAGGCUCUACGGACGUAUAUAGACAUUAUACGUUUAAAGGGAGUCAAUGAAUUUUUUUUACAUAAAAUAAUUAUGUAAUAUGUAGUCAUAUUCAUAGCUUUUAUUGUUUGUAAAUAUUAUUUUAUUUCUUUGUAAAAUGCUAAAUCACGAAUAAUAUUAUAAAUAUUAGUUACAAGAAUAUUGUUUUAUUCUUAAUAAACGUGUUUAUUUAAUCGA